CAUCUCCACACUACGCUUUCGUUCAAACUCCUAACUUCCCCUCACACACAAACACACAGUCAAAACCCACCAACAAUGGCACCAAAGGCAGCAGCGGAGAAGAAGCCUGCAGUGGCGGCAGAGAAGAAGCCAAGAGCCGAGAAGAAGCUCCCCAAGGACGCAUCCGCCGCCGGAGCAGACAAGAAGAAGAAGAGAAACAAGAAGUCGGUGGAGACGUACAAGAUCUACAUCUUCAAGGUUCUGAAACAGGUUCAUCCUGACAUCGGAAUCUCAAGCAAGGCAAUGGGGAUCAUGAACUCGUUCAUUAAUGACAUUUUCGAGAAAUUGGCUCAGGAAGCAUCGAAACUCGCGAGGUAUAACAAGAAGAAUACUUUAUCGUCCAGGGAAAUCCAAACCGCUGUUAGACUUGUUCUUCCUGGUGAGUUGGCUAAGCAUGCUGUUUCUGAAGGUACCAAGGCUGUCACCAAGUUUACAAGCUCUUAGAUUUAAGAUUUUAUCAGAUGUUAGUUAUUUUGUUUUGGUAGAAUGGUUAUAAUGGUAUAACCGAUUUAGGAUUUGUGAUUGUUUUGGGGAAAUUGAUGUACAUCAGUUUGUUUCAAUUGCUAGAAUCGUUGCAAAAUCGUAAUUUUCAGUUAAUGGAUUUCAUGAUUAGUUCUCUAUUA